AUGCUUGAUGCUGGUCUCAUCCUAGCGCAGUUCAUCGGUCGAGUUAGUCAGAAGAAGGAGCCAAUGACUAUCCAGCAGUUUCCUCUGGAGGCUCCCCGGGGUAAUCCUGUUGGUCAGAUGAACUGUGCAUUUGCUGACAAUGUUAAAGCACCUGCACAUGACAAAACACACGCUGAUCACGCGUGUGUCACACGCCGUGUGCAUCACGCGGUGUGA